UCUUACAAAAAUGGACACUAGUAGUCCCCAAAUGCUCAACCCAACCUACAUCGAAAUCUUCGGAAAAUCAGAAUCCGCCAUGCGUGCUGAAUCCCUUGAAAUGUGGAGAGAUUUGAAUUACUCCAAAGCUCUUACAGAUGAAAAUGUAGCCAAAACCUAAUGAGACUCAACCGGGCGGUCAUUGUGGUCCACCCCUUCAUACUUCAAAUAUGAGACAAGUCCAAGACAGGCUCUUUAGACUCCUUUGGAGACUCUAAUUCCCAAAAAUAGUAAGGGAGGACUCCAUGAAUUCAACGUUAAGCAAUUUGUGGCUAAAUAAAGUCGACAGAUGUAGUAAGUUGAGGAAGAAAUUAGAAAUUAAGUUGAUCGAAGAAAGUGAGGAUGAAGGAAUCAAACAUGGAGUUAAAGCUAUGAACCCCUCAUUCCAGCCAAUUUCCAAAGCAGAGCCAUUCUCCAACACUUUAAAAGACUUCAGGGCUUGCUACAAGGCUCUUCAGGCCCAUAAAUAAGCUAAAGAAAGAUAUCAACCACAACUCACGGCUCUUCAAGGAAGUCUAUGGGCUCCUGAACGGCUCAAAUGUGAACAGUAAACAGAUGAACAAAUUCCUUCAGGAAAACCCUGAUUUCCUGCGGAAAUCAGUUAGUUCCACACUGAAAGAUUUGAUCAAGAUGUCAAAGUUCAAUUUUGGAACUUCAGGCCUCUCUGAGAUGUUCCCUGCUUCGAAGAACAAGGUCAUAAGGAACAACAAAAGUUGUACGGCUAAAUAUUCUAAAUCAUUCGGACGAAAUGCAGCAAGAAGUUUGAGCAGAAACCGACAGCAUGGAGAUACGAUUGAUGCUGAAGCAUCUAGCGACACAAAUGGGCAUAAAAGAAGUAAACUAGCCAAAAUAAAGGAAGGCAGGAGAAUAGUUGAAGAUAAGCAAGACACAACCCAAGACCGUAUCUUCAACCUCACUGAUAUCAAGAAAAUAAGUGGACUAAAGCCGAAGACUAAAAUGCAUAAAUUAGCCUUUAAAAUUUUCAAAAAUGGGCUUGACAAGAUUGCAAUCGACGAUGUAACAGAACCUGAAAGGAAGGCUCCAACUGAAGAAGAUUAUGAUUACGUCUUCAAAGGGAACAAAGACCUCACCUUCAAAAUGCCUGAAGAGCUCUGGAAUUACACUAUCCCAAAGUCUAAAGUAGAGAAGAGCAUUGACAAGCUUAAUGCGAGGAUGAAACUCGCCUUGAAAAUGAAACUUUCAAGAAAUUUGACUCAAUCCCGCUUUGAGUCCUACAAAUAAGCAAGUUGAAUCCGAAGAAAAAGUUAAAAUUAAUCAGACUUUACCAGAAGUUAAUGUAAAAGAGAGAAUCCUUGAUCUCAAAAAGAGCUUGUUUGGUAAUAAGCUCUCUUCAAGUGAAUACUACACUGACUCUAAGUAUACCUCCAUUCCUAAAAAUAGGUUGGUUAACAUCCAGACCAACUCUCAGUCUCCGUUAAUGAAGACCCCAGGCAUAAUCCCUCAAAAAUCAGCCUCAACUGCAGAGAAGAUCAAGACUAAGUCUUUAGGCCUUCACUUUGACAAAAGAUCAAAUAGUAUUAAAACGUUCGGCUACAUGCUUCAGAGGUUCAACAAGAAGAAGAACAAUAUUGUCAAACUUGAAAAUUUCCUGAAAAAGAUCAAAUUUGCCACAUCCCAACCAACGAAGCCUUUGUAGAAUAGAUUUUUGCUGAUAUUUCAAC